GGGCCACUUUCACCUGGGCCUUGGAAGCCAUGACGACGAGCAAUGUGCAGGCCACUUUCGAACGGCUGCUCCUCCUGCCGGGAGUGAUUGGGGCCGUCUUGGUCGAUGGCGACGGAGUGCCCGUCCGCACAAAUUUACCCGAAAACGCUGCGCAGAUGUACGCCAACCGGAUGAGGCCGCUGGUGACUUUGGCGCGCUCCAUGGUGAACGAUAUGGAGACUGGCGACCAGUUGAGCUACGUGAGACUGCGCACCCGCCGGCAGGAGGUUAUGGUGGCCACCGAGAACGAACACACGAUCAUCCUCAUCCAGGACAACCGGGCGCUGGACGAGUCGCGGCGUAGCAGUGCCGCCUCGGGGAGGUGGUCGAAGUGAAGCCAAAGGAUUGGACCUGGGCCAUUCCUGCAUGCGGGCAGCAUAAACAAAAUGACAUAAACAAGCUGCGCCAGCGGGGGGUUGGGUUUGCUGGGUGAAAAGUCCUUGCACGGACGAGCUCACAAAUCCCAAGCACUGAACUGAAAGUGUGAGUCGGCAUUGCUGCGCUGGAAAAAGCACGCAAAAAUAAAAUCCACAUCCAUGCGGGGUAAA